AUGGGUACUGAACUGGAUUCCAGUGUAGAUACUAUUCGUCAUCAUCAAAGAAAUUAUGAAGCACAAAAACGUAGAACUACUAUGGAGAUUACUCAUUUACGUAAUCAAUUAGCUAAAGCAACUGCUUUAUUAGAACAGUUGAAAUUAUUCUUCAGUAAAACAAAUCUGAACACUAGUUCUUUGGACCACAAUAUGCGAGUUGUGAUUGAGAAUUUACUAAGAAAUGUACACACAAAUAAUGAACUGCAAGAUGUAGAUACUUUAAGUAUCGACGAUUUAAAACUGAGAUUAUCUAUUGCUCAAAAUGAGCUUACUCAAUUGCGAUUAGAUAUGGCACGUCAAAGAGAAGAUGAUGAUCGUGAGACAUCAAGACUUCGGGGUCAGUUAGCUGAAGCAAAUUCAAAUGCAAGAGCUUUACGGAUGCAGUUAAAUCGCCUUAUACCACAAAGCAUUUCUUCAAGCAAACUUAAUAGUUUGGUGAAUACAAACUCAUCCGAUUCCUCAAGCUGUACAAAUUGUCAAAAACUUCAACGUCUCAACGAUGUUUUACAACGUAAACAAUCUAAAAUGAACCCGUUUCCUGAUUUAAUCGAUCAUCAAGGGAAUAUAAUAAAUCAUCAGAAUUUUGUUUGUGAGGACAGUGCCUUUAAGAAGAAAGCAAUACACAAGUCACACUUUAUGGACAGUUUCGUUCAAACAGAUUUGUUGAAUGAUAUUCCCGCAACUGAUUUUAUCCAAAAGGUUGAUGUAGCUAUUGACCCUAUUGGUGGAUACGAUAACAUCUCACCACAUCUCCCGGUUGAAAAUUGUAAAUAUGUUCAAACGGAACCAUUCAUCAUAGGCAAUGACAUAACUUCAUGCGAAACUUCUUCAUCUGGUGUAAUUUUGGUUGAUGGAAGUUUAAAACAUGGUAGUGUAAACGAACCAAGCAACCUAAGUGAGGUUCAGUUAAAUAACCUUCAUGUAUCCAAUAAAUCGGCACCAGUAUCAUUAAUGGAAAACGACAAUGAAGCCGCAAUAAAUAGUUAUCGAAAUUCAAUGCUUCAUUCAAUUGGUGAAUUAAAGCAUGAUAACUUGGUUAACCCGAGCCAAAGUGUUAAUGAAGAUUCGUUACAUUCUCAGUUGUUACAGCGACUAAAAGUAGCUGAGGAGGAAGCGAUUAUGGCUAUGGAUCAGUUGAAGGCAAGUAAUGCAGAGUUUCUUACUUUAAAAGAACGCUUAUGUCAUGCAACUGUAGAACGUGCACAUUUAAAAGCAACCAUUGAAGGAUUGGAUGAACAGUUAUUAAAAUAUGGACUGGUUAAUCCAAGGAAUGUUCUCAAUCGCACACUGAGACAUUCUAGUUUUUCUGAAUCCGAUGAACCAACGAAGUGUGAAUUACAAGAGGCUUUAUUGAAUGCAGUUGGUCAACUGGAUCGUUUAAGAAAACACCGUAUAAAUCAAAAAACACGUAUUGAUAAAUUACAAGAACGAUUAGAUCAUAUGGGUACUGAACUGGAUUCCAGUGUAGAUACUAUUCGUCAUCAUCAAAGAAAUUAUGAAGCACAAAAACGUAGAACUACUAUGGAGAUUACUCAUUUACGUAAUCAAUUAGCUAAAGCAACUGCUUUAUUAGAACAGUUGAAAUUAUUCUUCAGUAAAACAAAUGUGAACACUAGUUCUUUGGACCAAAAUAUGCGGGUUGUGAUUGAGAAUUUACUAAGAAAUGUACACACAAAUAAUGAACUGCAAGAUGUAGAUACUUUAAGUAUCGACGAUUUAAAACUGAGAUUAUCUAUUGCUCAAAAUGAGCUUACUCAAUUGCGAUUAGAUAUGGCACGUCAAAGAGAAGAUGAUGAUCGUGAGGCAUCAAGACUUCGGGGUCAGUUAGCUGAAGCAAAUUCAAAUGCAAGAGCUUUACGGAUGCAGUUAAAUCGCCUUAUACCACAAAGCAUUUCUUCAAGCAAACUUAAUAGUUUGGUGAAUACAAACUCAUCUGAUUCCUCAAGCUGUACAAAUUGUCAAAAACUUCAACGUCUCAACGAUGUUUUACAACGUAAACAAUCUAAAAUGAACCCGUUUCCUGAUUUAAUCGAUCAUCAAGGGAAUAUAAUAAAUCAUCAGAAUUUUGUUUGUGAGGACAGUGCCUUUAAGAAGAAAGCAAUACACAAGCCACACUUUAUGGACAGUUUCGUUCAAACAGAUUUGUUGAAUGAUAUUCCCGCAACUGAUUUUAUCCAAAAGGUUGAUGUAGCUAUUGACCCUAUUGGUGGAUACGAUAACAUCUCACCACAUCUCCCGGUUGAAAAUUGUAAAUAUGUUCAAACGGGACCGUUCAUCAUAGGCAAUGACAUAACUUCAUGCGAAACUUCUUCAUCUGGUUUAUUAAAAUAUGGACUGGUUAAUCCAAGGAAUGUUCUCAAUCGCACACUGAGACAUUCUAGUUUUUCUGAAUCCGAUGAACCAACGAAGUGUGAAUUACAAGAGGCUUUAUUGAAUGCAGUUGGUCAACUGGAUCGUUUAAGAAAACACCGUAUAAAUCAAAAAACACGUAUUGAUAAAUUACAAGAACGAUUAGAUCAUAUGGGUACUGAACUGGAUUCCAGUGUAGAUACUAUUCGUCAUCAUCAAAGAAAUUAUGAAGCACAAAAACGUAGAACUACUAUGGAGAUUACUCAUUUACGUAAUCAAUUAGCUAAAGCAACUGCUUUAUUAGAACAGUUGAAAUUAUUCUUCAGUAAAACAAAUGUGAACACUAGUUCUUUGGACCAAAAUAUGCGAGGUGUGAUUGAGAAUUUACUAAGAAAUGUACACACAAAUAAUGAACUGCAAGAUGUAGAUACUUUAAGUAUCGACGAUUUAAAACUGAGAUUAUCUAUUGCUCAAAAUGAGCUUACUCAAUUGCGAUUAGAUAUGGCACGUCAAAGAGAAGAUGAUGAUCGUGAGGCAUCAAGACUUCGGGGUCAGUUAGCUGAAGCAAAUUCAAAUGCAAGAGCUUUACGGAUGCAGUUAAAUCGCCUUAUACCACAAAGCAUUUCUUCAAGCAAACUUAAUAGUUUGGUGAAUACAAACUCAUCUGAUUCCUCAAGCUGUACAAAUUGUCAAAAACUUCAACGUCUCAACGAUGUUUUACAACGUAAACAAUCUAAAAUGAACCCGUUUCCUGAUUUAAUCGAUCAUCAAGGGAAUAUAAUAAAUCAUCAGAAUUUUGUUUGUGAGGACAGUGCCUUUAAGAAGAAAGCAAUACACAAGCCACACUUUAUGGACAGUUUCGUUCAAACAGAUUUGUUGAAUGAUAUUCCCGCAACUGAUUUUAUCCAAAAGGUUGAUGUAGCUAUUGACCCUAUUGGUGGAUACGAUAACAUCUCACCACAUCUCCCGGUUGAAAAUUGUAAAUAUGUUCAAACGGAACCAUUCAUCAUAGGUAAAUUUUAG